AUGCAGUGUCCAUGCAGUGUGCAGUGUCCGAGCAGCGGGCUGUGUCCAGGCAGUAUCCAGGCAGCGGGCAGUGUCUGGGCAGCAGGCAGUGUCUGGGCAGUGUGCAGUGUCCAUGCAGUGUGCAGUGUCCGGGCAGCGGGCUAUGUCCAUGCAGUGUGCAGUGUCCAUGCAGUGUGCAGUGUCUGGGCAGCUGGCUAUGUCCAUGCAGUGUGCAGUGUCCAUGCAGUGUGCAGUGUCUGGGCAGCUGGCUGUGAACGUGCAGUGUGCUGGGUCCGGGCAGCGUGCAGUGUCCAUGCAGUGUGCAGUGUCCGGGCAGCUGGCUGUGUCCAUGCAGUGUGCAGCAUCUGUGCAGCGUGCUGUGUCUGGGCAGCAGGCAGUGUCCAUGAAGUGGGCAGUGUCCGUGCAGCGGGCUGUGUCCAUGCAGUGUGCAGUGUCCGGGCAGCGGGCUAUGUCCAUGCAGUGUGCAGUGUCUGGGCAGCAUGCAGUGUCCAUGCAGUGUGCAGUGUCCGAGCAGCGGGCUGUGUCCAGGCAGUAUCCAGGCAGCGGGCAGUGUCUGGGCAGCAGGCAGUGUCUGGGCAGUGUGCAGUGUCCAUGCAGUGUGCAGUGUCCGGGCAGCGGGCUAUGUCCAUGCAGUGUGCAGUGUCCGGGCAGCUGGCUGUGAACAUGCAGCGUGCAGUGUCUGUGCAGUGUGCAGUGUCCAUGCAGUGUGCAGUGUCCAUGCAGUGUGCAGUGUCUGGGCAGCUGGCUAUGUCCAUGCAGUGUGCAGUGUCCAUGCAGUGUGCAGUGUCUGGGCAGCUGGCUGUGAACGUGCAGUGUGCUGGGUCUGGGCAGCGUGCAGUGUCCAUGCAGUGUGCAGUGUCCGGGCAGCUGGCUGUGUCCAUGCAGUGUGCAGCAUCUGUGCAGCGUGCUGUGUCUGGGCAGCAGGCAGUGUCCAUGAAGUGGGCAGUGUCCGUGCAGCGGGCUGUGUCCAGGCAGUGGGCUGUGUCCGGGAAGUGGGCCGUGUCUGGGCAGUGGACUGUGUCCGGGCAGCGGGCUGUGUCUGGAGAGCAGACGGCGUCUGGGACUUAGGUCCCCUUGACUAGUGAAGCCGUUUCAGGAACUGCACUGAUGACCACACAGGCCAGUGUCCGGCCUAGCUGGGAGGUUCGUCACGGUUGCUGUGAGGGCGGCACCGGCCAUACAUGCAGAACUCUGCCUCUCCCACUCCUGCCCCGUCCUGUGGCCCAGGGUCCAGACACAUGGAGCUAGAGGUAGAGGGGCUGCCAAGCCGGGGAGACAGACAGGCCUCUCCACUGUCAGGACCACGGCUGACGCCUUCUCCCAGCGCUUCCCAGGAAUAUUUGGCCAGGAUCCCCAUUGUACUCCAGUUUGGGCCUUUCCCUGCCUCUGACUGGUACACUUGGACUGCCACCUGCAGGUUCGCUGCGCUGCCACCAGAGUGAACUUCCUGGUGUGAGGGUGGGUGUCAGUCAUGAGGCAGGUCCCUGGGCAGUCCUCACCAGUGGUGGAGGAACACUGGUUCUUUGCCUGGCCCCAGGGCGGGUCCAGUCUCUGUCCCUGGCCUGCACUGGCUUGGAGCAUGCUGGCCAUCUGCUUGGGAGGAGCCUGUCCACCACCGCCUGGUGCCUUCCCUCCCAUCCUUUUAAGGCCUCUCCUCCUCUGGGAAGCCUUCCCAAAUGUGGCAGGCUAUAGAGGAGCUGUGUCUUCCCUGCCCCAUGCCCUGAGGGUGGCAGUUCCAUCUCGACUCCUUGUGUUAAGGGUGUGCCUGGCAGCCUGAGGGGCGGGGAGUGGGACCAGGCAUUGCAGAGGACCCCAGCCUGGGUCUGAGCUGGAGCUGGAGUCACAGGGCGGCAGUGCCUAGCCCAGGCGUGCCACUGGCACACACCCAGGCCAUGCAGGCAGGGGUGGUGGCCACUGCUCUUCCACAUGUGUCCCCCUCAUGGCGGCCCUGCCGUGCUGCUGUGGGUGGGGUUUGGGUCUGCUGUCACCGCUUGGACCAGGACAUCGCCCCUGCCAUCAUGUUUGUGGAGCCCCGUGUGCACACAUGGGAGCGUCUGGACCAGCAGCACCUCCAGCACACAGGGCCAUUUCUUGGUGAAUCAGCAAGUCUGGGCUCUUGCCGUUUCUGGGUGAGCCCUGUGCUUGGACAGUUGUGAAUCAUUUGCUUGCCUCUUGAUUUGCGUCAAUCAAACCACAUGUGAAGAAUGCGGCAGUGAGCAGCACUCUGCCGGCAGCCUGGCUCCAGCGCAGGGCAGCUCGCCAGGGACCGCCUCAGAAGGCCAGCCUGCGUGGCCUGGUGGUCUGGGCUGCGGGCCUGGGGUGGCCUCGGCCCGUGGGGCUUCCGGCCGGCCCCCGCUUUCUUCCCCUGAACGCCGUCAGCUGCGGGAGGUGGGUGAGAUGGUAAUGAUAGCCUGGCAUAUGCUGGCUUCCUACGUGUAAUCCUGCGGUCGGCGGCACGUACUCGCAGCUCUGGGAAUGUUCAUGGUAGGAAGCUCAUCCUUGGAUCUGUCCUUCACACAAAAUCACUCUAGGACAGGCUCUUUGCAAAGAUUCCUUGUAAGAAAGGCCUAAUUAAAAAGGGAUGUCACAUGUCCCUCCCCUCCUUCAGACCAAGAGAAGCAGCACAGGGGGCGGGGGCGUGGCCCAGGGUCGUGCUGGGGGGGGACAACUGGGAGGAGGCUGGGCCGUGGGCCGGGUCAGGGAGGGGCCUCCACCUGGGACUUAGGAGCAACUUUUUCUGGAGCAACUUUGGGGAUGAGGCUGGCUCUCCAUCCAGUCACUGUGACAGCUCUGCUCUGUGCUGGGCUGGGAGAGCCCUGCCCUGGAGGGCCAGCUGGGAAAUAGGGUUCCUGGGGGACCCCCCCUUCGGUGGCUUGCUUUGCUUUGGUUAUUUUCGAGGUAAGCAAAUUAGGUUUUCAUUUUUCCUGUGUGGGUUACUUUUAUUGUUGCUGAAUUCGCUGUUGAAUGGAAGCUAUUGUCCUAGUCUCCGGGUCAGUCACGGCUGCGGCUGGGAGUUGAGAGGCCAGUGGCGCGCUGGCUCAUCUCUCAGUGGAGUCCAUAUGUGAUUUGCCCUAAAACUGGGAAGGACGUCAGGGCACGCUGGGUUCAUCCUGCCUUUUGGUAAGGGCCAGAAGUGUGUUUAGCUGUGACGGCCCCAGGGCAUUGUGGAAACUUAGGGGCCAAGACGUCCUCUGGCUUGAAAUUCUCUUUGAAUGGGCUGAGAGGGUGUCACCUUCCAUUGCUGAGCCCAGGUUUACGUUGGCAACAAAUAAUAAACAGCAAAGCUGAACGGUGUGACGCCUCAGUCCAAAUCUAGUGCCUUCGCUGGCUGUCUUUCAUUUCUUCAUCAGGGAAGAUUUCAAACAUUUACGAAAGCGAAAAGACAAUCGAGCACGGACUAGCCAACUCCAGCGGUGGCUGAGCAGGGCCAGGCCUGCCUCACUGUAUUGUUCACAGCAGUUCUAGCGGCCAUGCCGUGUCUUCUGAACACGCAGCCACGAUACGGUGGUCACAGCUUGCACACGUGAAUAUGUCAAUAUCUUCUGAACACGCAGGCACGAUACGGUGGUCACAGCUUGCACACAUGAAUACGUCAAUAUCUUCUGAACACGCAGCCACGAUACAGUGGUCACAGCUUGCACACAUGAAUACGUCAAUAUCUUCUGAACACGCAGCCACGAUACGGUGGUCACAGCUUGCACACAUGAAUACGUCAAUAUCUUCUGAACACGCAGCCACGAUACGGUGGUCACAGCUUGCACACAUGAAUACGUCAAUACCAUCAGAUAAUCAGGCAUCAUUUACAAUCCCCAUUGUCUCAAAAGCUUCCAGUCUCUUUCCUUUUUGUAUGUAGCUGUUGUUCAAAUAGCGGUUAAGGUCGGUCCCUGGGUUCUGAGGGGCCACUGUCACUGGGCUUCCUCCCGCUCCCUGCCAGUCUUUGUUGGGGAACUCGGCUCGUUGUCCUGUCUCGUGGCCACAGUGGAGCUCUCACGGCCUGUGUCCACUGGGGUGUGUUCAGCAGGUUCCUCCCCCGUCUCUUUCUGCUGGCCUGGUGGUCUCAGCUGGAGCCCGUGCCCGACCGGGGCUAGUUGGCAAGACUGUGGCAUGGGGGUGUGGACGUUUUUGUUUUUUGCUGAGUGAUGGGUGGGUAUUGAAGGUUGCUGUCUAGCUUCAUUCCUUCCUUCACGGGGGCUGCGGGGUGAUACUCCAAGAUGUUCAUUCCUUCUUCCUGAAUCAGGUAAAAGACUUUGUGGAGGGGAAGUGCCCCUCCUCAGCUCUUCAGCUCACACAGGGAAGGCUUUCUUUAUUUACUGUCUUUCAGAGGAAUGAGCUCAUGCUUUACAUCACCUGAAGGGUAACUAGUGCGUUUUGCUGCUUGCUUCUGCAGAUCAUUGUGAGCUGGUGGAUCUGAGUAUAUUCCAUGUCUUCUAAGCCUUUGCUGCUGUUACUCUCACUGACGUUCACCUUGUCCCCUUGGAGCCCUGUGGAGUUGGCCUUUGAGUCUUUUGGACACGACCUUUGCAGUCUGAUCACUUCCUUGCUUUGCUGCGACAAGACACCUUGUCACCUGGUACAAUUCCUGUCCCCAGAAUUUAUCUGAUUCCCUCAUCACAUCUGUAGAGUCUGUUUUACCAUCUGAGGUGAUGUAUGCCGAGCUUCUGGGAACGAGGAUGUGGACCCGGUGUGGGACAUUGUUCAGCCUUCCCGUGCUCCGCCCUCAGCCCUACAGUUCUGGUCAUGGCAGGCCACUCUCUGGCCAGGUCGCCAGGGCAGGAAGAAGCCCUUGCAGGAAUACAGGGACAGCUCGGGACAAGAGGCCCAGUGCUGAUGCCCGUCUAAGGGUCUAGGGAGGCACAGAGGUGAGCCCCUCUGCUGCUCUUGUCCCCUACAGCUGCCUGCCCUGCUCUGUCAGGGUCAGAGGGCAUCGCCUGGGCGCCCACAGCAGCAGGGCAGGGGUGCCUUGGGGGUGAGUGCAGAUGGCUGGCUGAGAGAGGUUCCAGUGCUGGGUUUGAUGUCAGGGUGGUCUUAUCUUUUUUAUUGUGGCCACUCUUGUGGAAAGUGACAUCUCAUUGUGAUUUUGAGUUACAUUUUCCAGAUGUUACCAGCAAAUGAUGGCAAGCGUCUUUGCACAUGCUCAUGGCCUGUCCUGCCUCUUCUUUAGCGAGAUGUCUGUUUAAAUGCUUUGCUCAUUUUAAAAUCAGGUUAUUUGCCUAUUGUUGUGGAGUUGUCGAAACCCCUUUAUAUUGUAAAUGAAGCUCCUUGGUCAGGUAAAUGAUUUGCAAACAUUGUUUUCCAUCCUUCAGGGAGUCCUGUCCUCUAAGUUCCCGGGUUGUUCAUUUCCACGGUGUCCUAUUUUGCCAUUUUGUUUUCUUUUGUUGCCUGUGUCUUGGUACCCUAUCAGACAUUUACUGGAUGGGAACGAUGAGGCCCUCCUCUUGGGGCUCCUGGCUUUUGGCUCCUGUCGAAUGUAAAUGCUAAAAGUCUUCUCGGGGCUGUUGGGAGAGAGGCAUCCUUUAUUGCCCAGCCAGCUUCCUGCAGCAUCUAAUGGCUACAUUCGCUUUUCCCACAGUUGUUUUUAAUUGAAUGUCCAUGGGAAAAUGGCCAAGUAAAUUGCAGGUUUGAGAGAGAGAGCUGGGCUUCUUUGUUGAUUUGUUUCUGAAACUGUGCUUUUUUGUCAUUACUGUGCAGGGUGUGUUGGACUCUGGUGCCAGGUUCUGAGUGUCCACUGAGAUGUGUAUUGGUCUUAUGAGUAUUGCAGCGUGAUAGUGGCUUGUCCCCAUCUAAACACCUGUUCCAAGGAAUUUUGACGGCUCUCUGUAGCUUCCAGGUGGACCUCUCCCCUGUGGACAGGUUAAUUAUGGGACAUGGAGCCAUCAGGGACUCUGAAUGUGGGACACACAUCCUGAGGAAAGAGGCCACGUCUUGGAAGGAUGUAGGUCGGGGUCCAGAAGUGAACUCUGACUCACCAGCUGCGCUGGCCUCAGCCGCCCAGGGUUUGUGUCUGUAAAAUGGGGAUGACUGCAGCAUCUACUGGAGAAUCCAGACAUCUGUGUCGGGGGAUGGGGGGCUCCAGGGAGAACGCCGGGGAAUCGGCUCCUGCAUCCUGAAGGCAGUCACCCGGAAGGAACAGGUGUUUUCAGAGUCAUCAGUUUCAUUGGAGUAUUCCUGGCUGCUCCAAACACAACAGCACUGAAACUUAGAACAUGUAAAGGAAAAACAUGCUAAGCUGGCUGGGCACGGUGGCUCACACCUGUGAUCCCAAGCCUGUGGUUAGGCCAAGGCGGGCAGAUCGCUUGAGCUCAGAAGGUCAAGAGCAGUCUGGGCAACAGGGCAAAACCCCUUCUCUACUAAAAGCACAAAAAUUAGCCGGGAGUGGUGCUGUGCACCUGUGAUCCCAGCUACCUGGGAGUCUGAGAUGGGAGGAUCACCUGAGCCCAAGAAGCCAAGGCUGCAGUGAGCCGUGAUUGCACCACUGCACUCCAGCCCGGGCAACUGGAGUGAGACCCUGUCUCAAAACAAAUACAAAAAAACAUACUGAGCCCCAACAUUGUUACUAGUUUUAAAUUCUGAAUUCUGCAUUUCUUUCAGCCCAGGUGAAUGAGAAAAGUCAAGGUUGUGUGACUGUCAGACAUACCCAGGUCUUUGAGUUGUGAGUAUUUUGGGGGAUUUAUUUGAUGUUGAUGCACGUAUUUCUCGUCUUCCUCAAUGAGGAACAGACACUGUAUUUUCUUUGCCCAGAGCUAGCCUACCAGUAUAUAAUUUGCUCUGUAUUGGGGUUUUUGGAGGUCUGUGCAUAUACUGGUCUGAAUGAAGAACACUUAGGCCUGCAGGUGCUGCUCAUAGUAACACCCCCGUCUGUCACAUCUGCCAACAGGUCGUCUUACUCCUUUCCAUUAAGUAGCUGGUUUAAUGAUUUCAGAAAUUCCAGGUAGUUUCCUGUUAGUGCGUGGAAGAAAUCACAGCUUUGUUUGGAACAAGGGAGCGGUUCACUUCCCAGGAACGUGAUAGUCACAGUCGUCCUGAUGAGGGUGUGAAUGUCUAGGCUUUUUAGCCCCCGGACUAUUUCAGCUUAUUCUGGAUUCUGUCUUUUUUUCUGAAACGGAGUCUCACUCUGUCACCCAGGCUGGAGUGCAGUGGCGUGAUCCUGGCUCACUGCAACCUCUGCCUCCCGAAUUCAAGCAAUUUUCCUGUCUCAGCCUCCCAAAUAGCUGGGACUACAGGUGUGCGCCACCAGGCCUGGCUAAUUUUUGUGUUUUUAGUAGAGAUGGGAUUUCCCCAUGUUGGGCAGGAUGGUCUCCAUCUCCUGACCUCGUGAUCCGCCUGCCUUUCUCCCAAAGUGCGGGGAUUACAGGCGUGAGCCGCCGCGCCCGGCCUGGAUUCUCAGUUUUAAAGGUGUUCUUUUCUCUAUCGCCUGCUUCGCUGUGUCUCUCUAAGAGAUUUCCUGGUUUUCUGUAUGUUGCCAGCUCUGCUGUUUCUCCUUUCCAGUUGAAUAGGUCCUGGUGCAGCUAAUGAGCAUCCCGGUGAGGCUGCAGCCCUGUUCCUUCGGCUUGCCCAGAAUCUGCCUUUUCACUGUAUCACCAACAGUGCUUUUCUGUUUCUAUCAUCCAUGCAUUUUUACACAUACGGAUGUGGACAGGCUGCAGGGUCCACAUGCGGCUCCAGUGCAGCCCGAGACAGAGCUGAUGGGAACUCUGGGUCCUCAGCCGCUGCCCUGGGGGUGGUCAGGCUCCUGAAAGCCUGGUGACAUCCUGAGCUCAUCCAGAGAUGAGCUCAAGGGCCCCCUGUGUGCAUCCGACUCUCUCCGAGUCGCCUGUUUUGUUUUGUGUGAGGACAUCAUUUGAGGGGAGAGGUGAGUCAGGUCCCUACACUGCACUUGUCUGCGAAGCCCUGACACGCGAUGAUGUGCAGUUAACGUGCUGGGAUCCGAGCCAGCCUUGGAUUGUGAGGACCAAAGCCAUCAUCACUGGCCUUGGAGCUCCGCUGUUGUGUGUGGAUGGUUUGUACUUUUCCCCUUGCGAGCGGCUUGGAAGAUUUGCCAUGUCUGUAAGUUGAAAUGACUUGAGUCAUCUUCCCUUAGAAGAAACUCAGCCUCUGAACAUGUGGUGAGUGGCACUCCUGGGCACGAGGUGACGCCACACAGGGUUUGCAGUGGCCAGCCCACUGGGGCAUGUGUAAGGACCCCUCCUCCAGGAGGCCAGUGGGGCAUCAUGCUCAUUCAGCGGGGAAAACUGAGGGUCUGAAGAAUGGAACCUGCAGAGAAUUCCCGCAGACUGGAAUGGAGUUUGGCACUGAGCUUGUGAUUUUUUUUAUUUGCGCAAUUCACCCAAUUCUCGGUGCUGAGCUCUCUCCUGAGGAAGUGGGAAUGUGUGCUGGAGAAAGUGAACUUGGUCCUCAGCAGGCUGGGAGGCCAACAGCGCUGGCGGCGCCCAGGCUCUUGGUAACAGGCACUGAGGCGACGCCUGCAGGAGUGACCCGGCCAGUGCCGGUAAGGCAGACCCAGCCUCUCCCUGGGCGCACAGAUGACAUGCAGUAUCUGCUAGGUGCCUAUGCACGUGCCCUUGUGUGUAGGAGGAAUGUGCGGGUGUCUGAAUUGGGGGAGGGUGCCUGCCUGGCUUCCAUCUGUGGGAAAUUAGGUUAGUGUGCACGUUCACCGUGUAUUCUCCUUCAACUUCUCAGUGAGAGCUGUCUAGAAUCAAGCUGUUGGAAGCUCCGCUACGGAAGGGAUGGGUCCUCAAGAUUUCUUGCCAGUGCUAGCAACCUUUCUUUAAAAGCCAGUGCGAUUCCAUUCUCCUGUCUAGCUGUUCCUUUGUUUCUUUCCAUUUUGGGGGAUGUGGAGGGGUGGAGACCCUAUGUAGGUCUCUGCUCUGAGGACAAGGCUUACUGGGGCCCUCCCAUGCCUUUGCCUAGCCCUGGUCCCUGGCCCCAAGGCCUCCUGGGUCCUGGCACCAUCCCCCUGGUGCCAGGGGUCCCCAGGUGGGCCUCUGCACAAAUCUUGCCUUUCUGACCCUGUUCUUGGUUAACGACUGAUAAAAGGGCAGAGAAGUUGAGUUGGCACCCCUGGAUCUCUGCAGUUUCCUGGGGAGUCCUGUUCCCUUUCCCAUCAAGCCCUUGUGAGGGGCUGUGUCCCUGACAGGAAAUGGGUGGUCCUGAGACCACCUGGUACCAUACCACCAGGGACCACCCUACCUUCCUGGGCCUGCAGGCUUCUAAUCACAGGGCGGGUUCUCCUGUCCCUCCAGGCGGUCUGACUGUAUUGCAGAAAUGCUUGGUUAAAGCCAUCACCGAGGAGGAAGUGUUUUGAUUCCUUCUUGUGAUAAGGCAGAGCUCAGGGAGAAAUCUGUUUACUUUCAUGAUGAGUAUCUUAUCCUUGAUUUGUGGCUUAUUUACUCAGCAUCUUUUCAAAAUCACACUUUAUCCUGAGAAAAUCUAGGCCCUAGUCUAAUCUCUGAUCUCUUGGAUCACUCUUCGCAGUGCGGUGUGGGCCCUGUUCCUUCCAGGAUGGGCCUGCCCAGGGCUGUCAGCGGGGCCUGGCCUGCCGGCUCCACCAUCCUGGCCACCAGCCCGAGCCUGGGCGCCGCCAGCGCUGUUGGCCUCCCAGCCUGCUGAGGACCAAGUUCACUUUCUCCAGCACACAUUCCCACUUCCUCAGGAGAGAGCUCAGCACCGAGAAUUGGAUGAAUUGCGCAAAUAAAAAAAAUCACAACCCAGUGAAUUUAAACCCCUCUCAAAACAUUUUCUGGUUAUUUUGAUAACUCUUUGACCUCAUGUGGACAACAGUUAGAGAAAUUCUGAUUUAUUCAAGGGUCGCCUGUAGCCAGGAGUGUGUGUUGUAAGCGCUUAGGAAGGGGCACUCGUGUUUAGACAGGAUGGUGUCUGAAAGACGGGUUUGGAGUGCGUGGGAUGGCGAUGCAGGAACUCCGAGGCCGGGAGCGACGGCUCGCAGCGGGCUCUGUGGGGAAACUGACCGGCUGGCUGGAGCAGUCUCUGUCCUCGAUGGGGGGAGAAGCCGGCGAGGGGACGGGGGCCUGCCCCAGUGCAGAGCUCUUCGUGAGGUCCUGGUCCAUGUGAUUCUAGUCCCCCUUGCUGUGGAGAAGGGCGUGACCUGGAGCAGGCCCCUCCUGCGGAGCCCUCUUGGCCCGCCUUGGCUCGAGCUCUGUCUCCUCGUGAGGAAGUGCCACCAAGCUGUGGUUUGACGUUUCCGGUCUGUGGCUAGUUUCUUGUGUGUACAACUCUCUAUAGCUGGGCUGAGUCCUUCCGGGAAGGUUUUUGCUACCUUCACUGGUCCUCAAGGGUUCGGGGAGUCCUGGCUGUCCACUGUUGCAUCCGGGGCCCCUGGGCAGCUACUGAGUGGUGCCCUGGGCCCUGGUGUUCCGCUGGGGACUAUCGGCCGCCUGUGCUGCUCGGACACCAUCGGCUUCCGUGGGAGGCUCUAUAUCAGAGCGAUGCCGUCUGUCUGGUGUCAUAUGGAUAUCCAUGGUCACGGGUUAGUGUUUACGAAGUGUAAUCACAGGCGCAGUGGAUGGGCACUUUCUGUGGGCUGGGCACCAUACUAGACCCUGGGAGUCAGGUUCCUCUCUCUCCCAAGUCAGAAACGGCGACUCCAGAUGUCAGGUCAUGGAUCCAGUGCCCCAGCAGUUGCAGAUGGCUAAGCGGCACCCCCCAGGCAGUGUACAGCUGCCACAGAGACCGUGUGGGCACUUACUCUCCCUCUGCACAUCUGUGAGCACCAGCCGCCCACAGCCACUGUGCCCAGGAUGCCCAGGGUGGUGUACGGAGAGAUGACCAGUGGCCCUGCUUUGUCCCCUGUGGCUUAGGGGAUCCCCAGUGGUUAGGGCUGGGGAGGCCACAGCACCUGGGUGUGGGAUAGGGUGCAAGUCCCAGGAGCUGUAGCGGCUGAGAGGAUGCCACGUAGGCACCGUCGGGCCUGGCUGAGUGAAGGAGUCCCUUCUACUUUGCAGGCUCACAGUCCCCUUUGGGCUACCUGGAAAUGGUGACAUUGGGAGGGUCCUGGGGGCAGAUGUGGAAUGUGGAGACAGAGGGAAGAAAGGUGGAUGUUAGCUGUGAGCCGCAGCAGAUGCUUUGGGUGUGUGGAAGCCAUGAUGAUUUCUUGGCCAGUGGUUUACAAGUUUCCAGAGGGAGCAAAGCUGUGUGCCAUGAAAUCGUGGACUCUUGCCUCUGGGCAUCUGCUCUGUAAUGGAGAGCCUCGUCUGUCCUCAGCAGCCCCUGAGGCCCCUCUGGAACAGGUGGUGUAGCAUGGCUAGCACAGAGCCAAGUGCCCCUGGGCAGGUGGUCUGAAUCUCUGCUGCAGGCAGGGUGGCUCUGAGGAGGUCACCAAGGGCCCGGUGGGCCAAGCCAGUGGCUUGCAGUGCAGGACAGUGAGGAUGGUCAGAAUCUCAGUGUGGGCUCCUGGGACCGUGGUCCCGGCCUGUGGGAGAGUCAGGGGCACGUACCUCACCUGGCGGCUCUGCUGCAGGAGGUUGGCCUGCCUGGAGCGUGGGUGCCCUGCCUCAGACCCUGCUGGGAUGCCAGCUCAGUGGUCUCCGGCAGACCUGUGUGGCUCCUGGCCCUGUGGUCUCAGCGGCCACUGGUAGCUGGCAGCCCCCCUGGAUGCCACAGUAGCCUUGUGAGGGCUUAGGGCUCUGUGUCUCCCUCCCUGUCCUUGGAGGGGGAGCUGGGCAAGGCAGGCCACAGCUGCCAUAUGGUUGGUAUGUGCGGGUGGACGGGCUGCUCUCUCUGGCCUUGCCUGGCCCCACCAAAAGGUCAGUACUGCACCCUGACCGGGGCACUGCCCACUCAGUGCCAGCCAGCCCACAGCAUGACUCCGGCAUUCUCGUUCACCCCAGGACCUAGCAGAAUACUUGAGCUCAUGCAUAACCUUAAAAUGGUCUUCGGAAGUGCCAGGAAUCCCGCUGUCUGCGACAGUGUUGUCUGGGAUCCCUUGGAGUCCGCUGUGGCUCGGUGGGCAUUGGCAUCAUCUCGUAUUCCUGCUCUGUCGUUUGUGUGCCAAGGCCCUGCAGAGCUGGAGAGUCCAGGGCAAAGGGAGGGCCUGGGUCCCUGCCCCGCCACCACACCCACCCCACAUGCAGCGCCCAGAGGGAGCAGAGGGUGGGUCUGGGAGGCUGCGGGCCGUGGGGUUUUUCUUGAUUUGGGAAGUGCGGGUUCUGAGUGUGAGACCUGGGCUUCACUGGAGGGUGAUUUAUUUUGAAGCCACACCUGUUGCUGGGCUAAGACUACUUCCUGAUAUGAAAGUCUGUGGCUGUGUUUGCUGAGAAGUCACACAUUUGAAGGGAAGCGUUUUAUGGUUCCAUCUGUGGCGGGUGCCUCUGGAGCGCUGUUGGAGCUCUGAUUUCUCCUGAAUGUGCUGGACCCAUCCUGUGGGAGUCCUGAUUGUCACCUGGGACUUAGGGUGACCUGGAGCAGCAGGUCCUCUUCUGGGGCAGGCUUGGAGCAGCUCAAGGGAGGUGGGAGGGCCCCAGGGCUGGCCCCUGGCUCUAGGCCCCCCAUCCUCCGCUCCACAGCUCCUGACCUGCUCUGCAGUGGGGGAGGGACAGGAAAGUCCAUCCUAUGGGUUCUUUGAAGCUGGACAGUUCUGAGAGGCAGCUUCUGGCUCGUAAAAGAAAGAAAACCCGUUGCCACGCCUUUGGCAGCCUGGGGCACUCAGGUUCCUGGACACAUCAGGUAGGAAGGAAGGGGCAGGACCCUCAGACUGGGCAGUGGUGGGUCAGGUGUCCCCGCAUAGUGUUGACACCCUGGGACCUGCCGAAAGGCAUGGCCCACCUAGAAGGAAGUGGCUUCUAGGAGAGUGUCCCCCAGAAACACCACAGACGGGACGGGGCUUCCAGAGACCCUGGCUUCUACCGACCUUCUGCGUUGGCUUCCUCAACCUCUGCAGGUUUCGGGGUAUGAGGAGCUGCAGGGAGCAUCAUUCAGAGCACCCCGUUGGCCACCUAGGAUCAGGAGGGCCUCUGUUCACCCGGGUGUCUCCAUCUGGUCGUGUGGCUGGCCAUCCUGUCAGAGCUGUGGGCAGCCACACUUCUUUUACCCAGAUAAACCGCUGCACCUGCCCGGCGACCUUCAUGCACAGUCUUACAUUAGCACAUUUUUAACAGGCAUUUAAAAACCAGCCACACAGAGUCCCGUUUCCUGCCCCCACGCUCUUUCGCUCCUUGGCCACACUCACAAAUGUGAGCUGCACUUGGAAAUUGCCGGUACUUCCAUUUGUGAAGCGACACUGAGCGGAACCUGGCAGGCACCCCUGCUCCGCUGCAGCAGAGGCUGGGGUGGCCCGAGUGCAAAGAGGGAAGCCUGUGCCUGCUGGGAGUCCCCGAGUGGCCACUAUCCCGGCAUCUGGGAUGGCCUCUAGGGUGUGACCUUCGGCUGAGGCCAGAGCCUCUCUCCCCGCGAGCCCUCGCUCCUCUCCAGGGCCGCGUGUCCCCUUUUGUUUUCAGCCGUUGAGCUUCUGCCCAGGGACAGCCCUACCCCAAAGGUCCUGUGUGCCCCGAGUAAGCCACUGGCUCUUGGAGGUGCCAAGAUACCCUUCCUUUUAAGUCUGAGGGGAGCGGUGGCCCGGCAGGGGCUCUGCCCUCACGGAGCCUCCCCUCUGCAGAGAGGGGCAUGGAGUGGCAUUGCUGGGUGGCCACCUUAGAUCGGGCGGCAGGAGGUGAGGCUCAGCCGAGUGAGACGUGGGGCCCAGGCAGGUGGCUCGCUUUGUCUUUCCGGGACAGCAGCAUGGGCUCUGUCCCCGUCAGUGGCCUCACGUUUCUCAGGAAUCACUUUACAUGUGGUUAACACCUCCAUCUUGGAGGCCUUUCCUGGCUGUCCUGACCCUGUUUAUUCUCCUCUCCCGUGUCCCUGCAGAACAUACUCUCAGGCAAGGUGCGGAGAUGCUGCUGUGUGUAGGGCCUCUCUGCCCUGCCCUUAACAACGGCCUGUGCAGGCCUUGUAGUACCCUUCGGCAUCUGUGCCAACAGCUGCCCUGCCUGGGGGAUCCUGGAGGGACAGAGGUGGACGCCUCCACACUGUGCACGGAGGCCCAGCGGGCAGCUUGAGGGUGAAGCUGUUCACCUGCUGGAGGUGGCGCUAAGAGAAGGGGCGCUCGCCAGGCAGGGGGCUGGGCUGGGCGGGGUCCUCAGGGCAGGCUCCGGGGUGGCUGACCAGCAGUGGCACGGUGGCCCCUUUCUGACCUCUGGGGCAGAGGCCAGGGAGCUGACACAGCAGAUGUGAAGAAGGGUGGUGUGUUCAUGUUUCACCGCCGUGAUUGUGGUGGUGUGUCUCUGCCGGUGUCACUGGGCUUCUCUUGGUCCCGAGUGUUGGGGCAGUGUCCACAUCCUUCCUUCUCCGGUGUCUUCAUCUGCAGAAUGGGCCCUUCCUGGGCUCGGCUUCCACGGGGGCUUCCCAUGGAGAUCUGUCAUGAAGCACGGAAGCUUCCAGGCUGUCUCCGUGGUACCCUGACCUUCAGUGAGGAAUCUGUUCCUUAGAGCCUCACACUCUCCUGCUCACCAGGGCACCAGCUUUUCCAAGAGCUGCCAGGUGGGUUCCAGAACAGCCUAUCCAUGUCCUCAGUGCUUCAGCACAGGCCCCCAUCUGUGAUCAUGGGCUGGGAGUUCGGCCAACAGUGUACCCUCUGCCCACGGCGCCUUAGCUGUGCACGCCCUCAGGGGUGUCCUUGUGGCCCCUGCCCACCGCCGCCCUGGCCCAGAUCUCAUUAGUCCCACACCCUUGCCCAGAAAAUGAGGCCGGGCCGAGGACGGGGACACUUGGCUGGAAGUGUCAGAGCCAGGCUCUGGCCCCUCAGAAUGGCGAUCAGUCUUGUCUGCUAAUGGUGGUGCCUCGUCUCAGACCUGGGCAAGCAAGGCGUGGGUGAUGUGAGAGGAUCCUCAUCUGUUUCUAAUUAGCUUUCUAUCUCUGCCUUCAUAAAAGCUUCUCUUUUCUCUCUUCCUCCUAAUUAUUUUUAAAAUCUCAAGAAAAAUACAUCCUUCCACUUACAAUUCCGCAGAGAACCAAAUUGCUGUUCUGUUUCUAAAGCGUGUUAUUGUGGCCUCUGGUACUAAGCCAAGGUUUCUGUAAAUCCCAGGAAAAUUUUCUCUCACAUCACAGAAAUUUAGGGUUCCCCCAAGGAGACACCACAGGACGAAAUGCUGGCUUCUAACAAGCCACGUGGAUACCCUGUAGUGGGUGUCCAUGGACCAUGGCUCCUCCUUGGGUCUUGGGGUGAGUACGGGCCGGCGUCACUUCAGGCGGUGCUGGCGUGGUUGGGAGGGUCCCUUGGGACCUGGAGCGACAAGGGGGCGGCCGCCACCCUGCUGGACUCUCACCUGGGGCCUCCAUAUCUGGGGCCUUUGGGGGAAGAGGCCAGCCUGUAGGUGCCAGGUCUCAGGAAGACAGUGCUUUCAUGGCACCAGGCAACCCAGGCACCCUCCGACACUGGCUUUCCCAGACUCCUCAGUUGCCCUGGGCAUGCCAGCGGCAGAACCUGCUGGUGGCCCUGCUGGGGGCUCGUGCACUGGUAAGGAGCAAGGGCGGGUUCUGAUGGGGUCUGAGUUGGAGACCUCUCCUUCUAAGAGUGGACCAGCCCGCUGCUGCCCCUUCCUCCUUCCCCUGGGCCUGGGUCACUGUCUCACCAGGCCCUCGGAGAACACCAACUUUUGCUUUUUUUCAGCAAGGAGACCCCUUGCCCAGCCUCGUUUCUAGUCCGUGGGUUGUGGGGAACCAGAAGGCUCCCUCUGUGGAUAUGAGGCUCCCAGUGUGGGAUGUCUGUGUGCCUGCCAGCAGGGCAGCAAGGAGCCUGGUUUUGCCAACAGUUGAAGCGUGUUUCAUCAUGUCCCAGGAUGCCCCAUGGACGUACCUCACAGGGUCCCCGGGGCCGCCUGCCUCCUGGAGCCGGGGCCUGCCACAGUUUGCUUCCGUCUGCGAGGAGCCCGGCUGGCUGUGGCCACACUCCCUCUGGGCGCCUGGCACUGCUGGGGUGAGUUCUGGGGGUGGCGCCUUCUGUAGGCCUCCUCAUUCUUGCCUCUAACAUGUGACCUGGGCAUGCUGUACACUCUGCUGGACUGAGUUCCUAGAGUGCAUCGGGUCUCGGCAGUGCCUGUCUCACCUGCGCAAUUCUUGGUUUUUUGUUUUUUAUGGGGUGGGCCAGCUGAGCUUAGUCUUCUCAUUAGCACCACCCUCAUGACCCUGCCUCAGGAGCGUGGGGUGAAGCCCAGCCUGGGCAAUGUGGCGAGACCCUGUAUCUACAAAAAACAAGCAAAACAUCUAGAAUGUCCACCUGAAACCUUAGCGCCACAUCGAGUGUGGGCGUGUGUGCCUGCAGGCAGUGGCGACUGCUGCUCCAGCCCCUCUCAGGCCGCCGUCUCUGUGUGGACCCCAGUGCCCUGGCCUCAUUGUCUUGCACGCAGGAAGCUGGGCUUUCUUGGUGGCAGCUGACUGGAUAGGGCUUCUGUGCCUCCUUCUCAGGUUCAAAGUGUGAGUCCCCAUCCCAGCAAAGACAAAGCCAUUUGCACAAGGCAGUGUUAAGGGGAAGGGAAGGCAGGGCUCAGGCCCCAGGUGGAAGAUGUGCCCUUGGGGAGGCUGCAGGUGAGAACACAAUGGCAGGGGGGCCUGGACCUUCGACCUUGCAGGCUGCAGGUGCAGAGCCAGAGGCCACAGGCCACGCAGCAGAGCCACGGAGAAGCAGUACUCCCAGGAGUGAGGGCCCGGCCUGAUAGGGAUUUGAUAGAGGCACUGUGGCCACAGUGUAGGGAUUGCUGGAGGGCAGAGAGGUGAGGUCAGCGGCCGGUUUGGGCAUUAUGUACCACGAUGAAGGGUGACAGGGGCUUCAUGCUUCUGGAAACGUCCUGCAUGUUUACUGGGUAACAAGCAGACCCUGUUCCAGACCUGUUAUUUGUACCACUUGCUUAAUACUCGUAUCAACACUCUGAGACCCAAGCAUUGUCCUGUCCUCCGCUUUUCAUCAUGACGAAACUGGAACAUAUAAAACUGGCCUGAGAUCUGACAGCUGGAGAGGGAGGGAGUCUGGUUUCAUUGCUCAUCUGGCUCCAGAGUCCACUGUCACGCGCACCAUGUGAUACUGCUGCAUGAGAGCCGCCACGGGGCGCUCGCAGACAUCCCGGACACGCGGCCCGCAGAGGGGCUCCCAGUGAAUGGGACCCCCCCCCAACCUCUGUCUUUCAGCUGAACUUCACCAAAAUGAAUUGCCCAGCUUACAGAAGUGGCAGCGUGGCAUGGAGUUAGGGAAUAAAUCAAAGCAUUGUGGGUGGAAGUGGGGAGCAGUGUCAUUUGGCUCCUGAGUCUCCAGCAUGAAGUUUCCCUUGGAUCCAGGGCUCCAGAGUUGGCUGUCAGAUGCCCUUGACAAAGCACACCUCGCGGUGUCACUUCUCUCUUCCUCUCCUGUCCUGCCCCCACAGGGCCCCGUUUCCCACUCGCAGGCUGUGGUCUGGGGACUGCGGCUCAUCCUCCUGUGGGCUCCGGGCCGAGAAGUUCCUUUUUUCUUUCCUCUUCAUUCAUCUUUUUAAAGAACCAGUUUUUGGUUUUGUUAGUUCUGUUUAUAUCCCUUUUCUGUUUCAGUAAGUUCUGCUCUUUAUUACUUCCUUUCACUUUUAUUGAGCUUAAUUUCUGUUGUUUUUGAAGCCUCUGAAAUGGAACUCGAAUAUCAGGAUGUUAAGGCCAUUUUCUUCUGUGCAUGGCUUCAGCUGAAAUUUAACGUGCGCAGUUUUAGUUACUCAGUUUCCCUUUGGCGUACAGGUGAUUUGCAAGUGUUUCUAUUGGUGACUCAGUUUCCCUUUGGUGUACAGGUGAUUUGUAACUGUUUCUAUUGGUGACUCAGUUUCCCUUUGGCGUACAGGUGAUUUGCAAGUGUUUCUAUUGGUGACUCAGUUUCCCUUUGGUGUACAGGUGAUUUGUAACUGUUUCUAUUGGUGACUCAGUUUCCCUUUGGCGUACAGGUGAUUUGUAAGUGUUUUUAUUGGUUACUCAGUUUCCCUUUGGCGUACAGGUGAUUUGUAACUGUUUCUAUUGGUGACUCAGUUUCCCUUUGGCGUACAGGUGAUUUGUGUUUUUAUUGGUUACUCAGUUUCCCUUUGGCGUACAGGUGAUUUGUAAGUAUGUUUUUUGGUUACUCAGUUUCCCUUUGGCAUACAGGUGAUUUGUAAGUGUUUUUAUUUGUCACUUAGUUUCCCUUUGGCGUACAGGUGAUUUGUAAGUGUUUUUAUUGGUUACUCAGUUUCCCUUUGGCGUACAGGUGAUUUGUAAGUAUGUUUUUUGGUUGCUGUUGUUUUGUUUUGCUUUGUUUUUUUUAGAUGGGGAUUUGCUCUGUCACUCAGGCUAGAGUGCAAUGGUGUGAUGUCAGCUCACUGCAAUGUCCGCCUCCCAGGCUCAAGUUAUCCUCCCACCUCAGCCACCUGUGUAGCUGCGAUCACAGUGCCACCACGCCCGGAUUUUUUUGUAUUUUUGGUAGAGACAGGGUUUCACCAUAUUGCCCAGGCUGGUCUUGAAUUCCUGAGCUCAGGUGAUCUGCCUAUCUCAGCCUGCAAAAGGGCUGGGGAUUACAGGUGUGAGCCACCACGCCUGGCCAAGUGUCUUUUAAGGUUUUCCUAUUUCAUUUUUGUUGUUGAUUUUUAGUUUAAUUGUAUUGUAUUUUGAAAACUGGAGUGGUACGCUGUCAAAGUCAAGAAUCAACACCUUUAUUAGAGUCGACUUUACAUUAACCAACCUUUCUCGGGUUGUUAUUUGCAAGGUACAUAUUUUUCCAAAUGUUUUCUUUUCAUACUUUGCAUAGCUGUAUGUUUUAGAUAUUUCCUUGUGAAUAGCAUGUGUUUGGGUUAAUUCUUUAAUUUUCUAUUCUUCCGUGCAGUCUGGUAGUCUUUGCUUCGGAGUGGAGCCUUGAGUUUGCAUAGAACGCGGUUGCCUGCCGUGUCUGGGUGCCCUCUGCCAACUUCACUGUGCACUUAGUCCUUUGCCCUGUCUCUUCCGUAGCGUUGUUUCACAUACUUCAACUAUGACUUGUCAGCAUUCACUUCCAUAUGUCUUUCUCUCGGUGAUCAUUCUCAGUCUUCCCUUUGAGAUCAGUUGUGAGAAUGUCUUCCAGCGACAGAUCAGUUUUUGGUGGCCAAUGACUCCGAAGGGUGUCCGUGCCGGUUAUAGGAUUCUAGUGUGCCAGUUGUCAUCUUUGAGUAUUUUCAAGCAGUCCUUCUGCACUUUGAAAGGCAUCCUUGUUUUCUGGUUUAUGUGUUUCUGUUGAGAAAUCACCAGCCAUCCUAACUGCUGUUCUUUGUAGGUAAUAAACCCUCCUACCACCGUGGCUGUUUUUGUUUCCAGCAAUUUUACUCGGUGUCUUCGAGCCGCUUGGGGUAGUUCUCUGCCAGUGACCUUUCAGAUGUUCCUGUGACCCGUUGACUGUCUCCUCCCCUGUCUUCCCCGCACGUUCUGUCUCUGUGCCUUCUCUGGCUUCCUCCCUUGACCUUUGAGAUCAUUCUGGAAAUUUCCUUCUGGCCCAUCUUCCUACUCACAAAUUCAUUCUAGCCGUGUCUAAUCUGUUAAAUGAUGGAAAAUAAAUGAUGUUAUUUCACUUCUUGCAUUUUUCAGUUCUAGAAUUCUCUUUUCAAGUUUCCAGUUCAUCUUCUCUCUCUCUUUUUUUUUUUUGGAGACAGAGUCUUGCUCUGUCUCCCACGCUGGGGUGCAGUGGCACAGUCUCAGCUCACUGCCAUCUCCCCCUCCCGGGUUCAAGUGAUUCUCCUGCCUCAGCUUCCCGAGUAGCUGGGAUUACAGGCACGCCACCAUGCCUGGCUAAUUUUUGUGCUUUUAGUAGAGAUGGGGUUUUACCAGGUUGGCCAGGCUGGUAUCGAACUCCUGACCUCAGGUGAUCCACCUGCCUUGGCCUCCCAAAGUGCUGGGAUUACAGGUGUGAGCCACUGCGGCUGGCCUCCACUUCAUCUUUUUAAACAUAGAAAUUCUUUAUUUAAAAUCUAUUUCCAAAACUACCACAGGAUCUGAAAUUGCAUUCACCUCUUUUACUGUGACUAAAACACUAUUACUUUUCCUCCUUUGAAGCUUUUGUUUGCACAAAUAAGGAACAAAGUCUCUUUCCCAUCGUUCUGUCACCUGGAGCCCCGAGGGCCUUGUUCCUGCUGUUUGUGGUUUCUGUGCUGUUCUGUUCUUGUCUUUUCCUCUACCCGAUAGGUGAAUGUGUGAGUGUUGGUGCUGAAGCUGUAUUUACAAGAUCUGCUGAGACAGUUUGAGGCCUAGGAUGAUGACAUCCUGCUCCAUGGAAGACUGAGGUUUGUUGUGCCUGGUGCUUGGGGGCCCUGGCAGUGAGGCAUCCCUUGAGUUCUAUCGGAAGGACUGAGGAGUCAUUAGAAGCAGAGCCGCAAUUGUUGAGGGUCCAUUUAUUGUGGGGUCUCUUUUUCCCUGGGGUUGCUUCCGGAUCCCAGCCCAUACUUCCUUCUUUCUCUCUUGCCCUCAGUAUCUGCAAUAGGUGAUCAGAAGCCCUAAAGAUUCAUAGAUGGCUGGGGCCCUGCAGAUACCAACAGGGGAAAACCAGCCCCAAAUGCCAUCCUGGCCUCGGCCUUUGUCUGGUCCUAUAAUUCUUCACUGUUUUGUUAACUUAGUAGUUUUAUCAAGAAGAUGUGUUUACAUUUGUCCAGCUGCUGUGAUUCUUCUCUGUGCUGAGACUGGGCCACAUGGCCUGUUUCACAUUUCUUUUGGUACUUGCAUUUUUUAAGCAGUUAUGUUUAUUACAUUUCAAUAUUCAGAGAAUUUUUUUGGUCAAAACAAAAUUCGUCUGUAAGGUGAUUAGCAGUAUAUAUGGAAAAUUAGGCAAUUUGAAAUGAAAUUAUUAACUAAGAUAAUCAUCAAAGGGGUUAUAUGAAUGCGGAUGUUGUUUACCCAGAGUUAUUUGUCUACAUGGAGCUUUUAGAGUUUUAACAGCAAGUGUGAGAGAGUUGAUGUUUCUGUUGAGGGACAUCGGAAAAUACCUAGGUUUUUCUGCCUUCCUAGGCUGUCCCCCGAAGGCUUUUGGGCUCCUGGAGCUGACUGGCAGUGUAGCUGCGCUUGGCACAGAUGGAAUGGGGAAACCAGUAUUAUCAGCGUGUUGAGGUCAAACUGUUUUCAGAUCUUCUUGCUUGGGUAGAGAUUUGGAAGCUGACUAUAUCUGAUAUCUGAAGGACGACAGACAGGUCAGUGUUUCCGUGAAUUAUGUUUCCCCAUAGGGAGUCUGAUUUACUCAUGCAGGCAUCCACCCAUCCAUCUCUCCUGCUGCUCAACUAAUCGUUGAUUCAGGGUCAUGGACACAAAACCCGACAAGGUUCUCCCCCUCUUAGGACCUCUCUGUCUGGUGGCGGAGACAGAACAGUGUCAGUGCCAUGAUCUGAGGAAGCCGGUGUUGGCAGGGAGCCUUCUGGAUGGCCACCACCUUCCAUGAGAGGAGGAAGAUGUGGCUGGGGUGAGGUCCUGGCCUUCUGGGAGGGGCCGGCACCCGCCUCGGCGCUGGGUCAGUGCUCCGGGUGGCAGCCUGGCCCCACCCAGCCUGUCCUUUCCCACAUGUGUUGUUCUGAGUCUCUUUUCUCUGCAAAGGAUUUUAUCGAAAAAGCAAUCCUAAUUUCUCCUUAGUCAAAACUGUUAAAAAAGAAAGAUCCCACACAUAAAGCCAAACCUCGGCAGAAGGAAAUCUGGGAAUCCAUUCUUGGAUUGGUUUCUCUCCUGCCUUAGAAGAGAAAGAAGCCUCCUGGAAGGGGCCCCGCUGAACUGGUUUGCUUUCUGUUUUCUUCCGUGACCUGCUUUUUGUGGCUCUGCGUCUCUCAGAGUCUGUUUCAAACUCUGAAACGCAGCUGGAACACACUUGAGAUGCUCCACACAGACUCCAAAGUGCUGGCGUGGACCAUGCAGAACAGAUGCUGUUUGCAUUAAAAUAAAAGACAAACAUAAUAUUUGCAUUAAUAGAGAACCUUUGCAAGAGUAUUUGCAUAGAGUGGCUUAUCCUUUUCCAAGAGCUGGUUACUCUUAACUAAUUUCUGAGUGUGGAAAGGAUAAGCAAUCUUUUCCUGAUGAUUUCUCACAAAGAGUUGCUUUUGCCGGAGUGUGUAGCUGUUUUCAAAGGGGGCUCUCCCAUACGCAAAUGUGAUGUCAAGUGGAGCCCGUGAAGAAUAGCCAUGUGCAUGGCAAUGAUUGCUCUCAGUCAUACUCUGGUCGCUUUUUGUGUUUCCAAGUAGGAUUGCUGAGCUCAUACCCUGCUUUUAGUGGUACUGAACUCUGUUUCAGCAGAGUUUUGCAGAGUUACUCAAACUACACCAUAUUCCACCCCUCUUCCUCCUGAUAAUGAGAAGAAGCCAAGACCGUGGUGUAUUGGUGUGUCGAGUGCUUUGGUACCUGUGCAAACGAUUUCAGGGACAGCUGUACUUAAUUCUUAUUUCAUUAAUGAAGGCUGUGUAAGAAUAAAGAUAAAGGAAUCAGAGCGACGGAAAAAUGAUGGUCUCUCAAAGAGAAGUAGAGCCCAGAAUGCGUGUCAUAAACCCUGAAUAGCUACGUAAACUCUGCUCUGAGUUUCCUAGCUGUCAGAGGAAGAAGGGAAGCCCUUUAUUGUUAAGGUUUAUGUUGUUCUUAAGAGGAAACCAACCAAGUGUUUUAAACAGUGACUUUGACACACACACCACACACAGACACACAGACACACCACACAGACUCACACAACAGACACACACACACCACAACCACACACACACCACACCCACACACACACCACACCCACACACCACACACAGACACACACACCACACAGACACACACACACCACACCCACACCACACAUACCACACAGACACACACACCACAGACACACUACACCCACACCACACAGACACACCACACACACACCACACACACCAUACACACACCACACCACACACACCAUACACACACCCACACACACCACAGACACACACCACACACAGACACACACACCACACAGACAUGCACACACCACACAGACAUGCACACAUCACACCCACACACCACACCCACACACACCACACAGACACACACCACACAGACACACACCACACAGACACACACCACAACCACACACACACACCACAGACACACACCCCACACACACCACAGACACACCCAUACACCACACCCACACCACACACAGACACCACACACAGACACCACACACAGACACACACACCACACAGACACCACACACACACCAGACACACACACCACACACACACACCACACACACACCCAUACACACACCACACCCACAC